GCUCUUGGGCAGCAGGUGGGGUCAGAACAAGGCAGACAAGUGUCACUCUGUCCACCUUCUCUCCUUCCUCCCCUGACUCAACUGCUCCAAUCUCUCUGGGGCCGCAGGUGGUAAUUUAGAGGCCCCUGGGCUUGACCUUAUUUGGUGCUGGCAGCAGAAACAUGACGGCCCAGAGUUUCCUCUUGGUGGCCCUCCUGGCUCUGGGGAUCCAGCUGCCCGCUGCCUCAGGCAUGAGGAAGGGAGAGAAACCUGGGGCCUGCCCACUGGAUGAUGGGCCCUGCUUAGUGGCGCCCGAUCAGUGUGUGGACGACAGCCAGUGUCCAUUAAAGAUGAAGUGCUGCUACCAUGCUUGCUUCCGCCAGUGUGUCCACAAGGUCUCAGUGAAGCAGGGCAGCUGCCCCCAGGACCGACUGCUCUGCCUCAGCCCCGUACAGCAUCUGUGCCACAAGGAUGCAGACUGUUCUGGCGCCAAACGAUGCUGCCUCAGCGCCUGCGGCCGGGACUGCCGAAACCCUACCAGAGGCUGAUUCUGGUUUCGGAUCCAUGGCUCCAAGCAUCGGAGUGGGGUUCCCAGCAGGAAGACAUGGCGAUGGGGAGCCCAGGACCUGCCACCCAGACAGUACCACUUCUGCCUGCUGCAGUUCCAACCCUCCGAAAAAUCCUCAUCUGUGGUCACUUCCCCUACAGCCCAUCCAGCCCUGGUUUCUCCUCCUGGGCCCAAGGUCCAUACCCAAACCUCAAAGGAUUCCUAUCGCCCUGUCCACUGCCACACUCAGCUUCUUGCCCUUCCUCACACCUACUUUCAUAUCUCUCUGUACAGGUGUUUCUUCCACCUAAAAUGCCUAAUUCAGGGGGACCCUCUUUGGAGUCCUGGGCCCUCCCCCAGGCAGCCCACCCACCCAGAAUGUAUGUUCCAAACACAAGUCUAUUUAAAUACUCCCACCACGGUUUGUGCCAUACCUGCAGAAUAGCGUCAUGACAGCUGUGUAUUUCCUGUCCUACUAUUUAUCCAAUGUUUGUCUUCCAAUGGGCUCACUUUUGUAUAUAAAUAAACUUAUUUCAAAGGAAAAACUUGAAACCACUACUAAAAUUGGAUAAGCAGGAACACUUGCCACAGAGAGAAUGAAAUUAUAAAUGCAAGUACCGUGAAAACAGCUCAGUUCCAUUCAACUGAAUCAUGUCAGAUUAAACAGUACUAAAUAAUAGUUUUAAAUUCUAGCUGGAUACUGCCACCUGCCAA